CCAAUGUUAGGGCAACACGUCAUGUAUUUUGUAAGUUUGGACCCUAGGAAGGACUGCAAUAAUAUUUAUUUAUUUUGAACAAUAAGGCUUUUAAAUUAUUAUCCCGUACGGUAAAAGCUAAUUGAACUUAAAACAAUAUAAGACUUAAUAUAUUUCUACUAAACUCCACAGUACAGUAAAUACGUGUGCCAGUUCAGUCAUGUGACCAACCUGCUGGCUGUGAGCUGAAGCCCCGCCCCUCCACCCAUGAAAACACACCACCGCCUGACCAUUACAACUUCCGGUUUAUUUGACAACACAUCAGCGUGACUUCCCGCGACCGGCGACGUUUCUUUAUUUACUUUGCUGUCAUCGCUAUGAGAAAACAUGUCGCCUCUCGUCUUUUCACAAAGGCUCCGCUCGCCUGCUUUAUGCUCCUGCUGUUUGGCGCCGCCCGGCUGAAGGCGGCCCCCCCUGGAAGAAGAGGCGACUUGGGGGCCACAGGAAGGUUCUGGCACAUUACCGACCUGCACCUGGACCCUACCUACCACCUGGCGUCAGACCCCACCAAGGUGUGCUUCUCCUCCAAAGGGGCGGCAGCCACUGGUGCCGGACCGUUUGGGGAUUUCCUGUGUGACUCGCCUUACAGCCUCAUCCAGUCUGCAUUCCUACACAUGGACCGCCUCGUACGCCCUCAGGACUUUAUCAUUUGGACCGGGGACAGUCCGCCUCAUGUUCCUGUAGAUGAACUCUCCACAGAGAUUGUCAUCCAGGUGAUGAGCAACAUAACUCAAACCCUCCUCCAGCACUUCCCAAACGUCACCGUCUAUCCAGCUCUGGGGAACCACGACUACUGGCCACAGGAUCAGAUGCCGACCUCCACAAAUGACAUCUACGAGGCCGCGGCCAACAUGUGGAAGCCAUGGCUGCAGACGGAUGCCCUGGAAACGCUCCGUCAAGGUGGCUUCUACUCCCAGCUGGUCCAUUCUGGCUUGAGAGUGGUCAGCGUGAAUACCAUCCUCUACUACGGUCCUGACAAAGUCACCACCAACAUGAGCGACCCGGCGGGACAGUUUGAGUGGUUGGAGGACACUCUCAAGAGAGCUGAACAGAGCACGGAGAAGGUCUUCAUCAUCGCUCACGUUCCAGUCGGCUUCAUGGCCUCCUUCAGGAAUACCACCGCCAUCAGAAAAGCUCACAACGAGAGGCUCGUCGACAUUUUCAGGGCGUACAGUCAUGUGAUUGCCGGACAUUUCUAUGGCCACAUUCACCGGGACAGUAUCAUGGUGCUCCUGGACCAGAAAGGUAAGCCGGUGAAUUCUCUCUUUGUGGCUCCGGCUGUGACGCCCAUCAAAGGCGUUUCGGAGGUGUACGCCAACAACCCGGCGGUGCGCUUGUAUUUGUACGACACUGACGACUUUGGGAUUUUGGAUAUCUGGCAGUACUAUCUCAAUCUGACUGAAGCCAACCUCCGGCAAAGAGCCGACUGGAGGCUGGAGUACACCAUGACGGACAGUUUCGGCGUGAAGGACCUGCGACCCGCCAGUCUGCUCAAGCUGGGUCUGAGCAUGUGGCUGCCGCCCGCCUCCACCUUUGACACCUACUAUACUCACUACAUGGUGAGCUAUGACACCCAGCUGCGGUGCAGGGCCCAGUGUAAGGUCAUCCAGCUGUGCUCCAUGCUCUACCUGGACCAGGCCUCCUACUCCGCAUGCAUGACACAACGUCACCAACUGCUCGUCAGCAACCGUGCUUCUAAUGAGUCACUUUGAAAUCUUACACUUUAAUUACACAGCUGCUUCUUUUAGCAGCACGCUCAGGACGCUCAACACAACAAUGAUAACAAAAAAAACGUUACUUUUUAAUGGACUAAAAGUAAAAGGGAUCUUAUCCUCAGGGUGAUCGUUUUAAUAUUACUGACAUAUUUCUUUAGCUCAUGAAAUAGAGGACACAAAUGAAUUUGCUGCUUCCUUGGAGGAUAUUUGAAUGGGUUUGACUAGAUGUGCGAGUUGACUGGAAUUAAACAUUAGAAGGACUGUAGAAUUAAACAAUGGAUGCACUGUUACUUGAAUGACAGGUUGCCUCUCAGCCUUAUCAGCCUGCCAAAGCUGCACACGUACAAAGCAUACACAAGCGCACACACCCUCGAUUGACACAAGCUGGAACCAGUUCGAUGCAGACACAUAGCCACAUACUGAUCCACUCAGGAAAGGGUACCACCCCUGCGUGGGCAGGACUCGAGAAUAGCACAACAAUGUAGGCACUUCCCAGUUUGAGACUUUCUUCCUUCUUCCUUUUCCUCCUUGAUGGAUUGAAGUGCAGCGCUGUACUUUCACAUCUUCCAAACAAUUUCUUGACAAAAAAAUGGAAAAUGCAGAAACGUGUGUUCGACUGAUCUCUUCUUGGGAUAAACAACCUGGAACAUUUCAUAGAGAUGCACGAUAUCUUCUUUUUCAAACCGAUACUGAUUAUGUUCUGCUUCUCAAGAGCGAUAAUUGUUUUAAUAUGUUUUUUUUUUUUUUUAACUGAAUUGAAUUUGAAUUGAACUGUAGUUUGUGCACCAGCUGUACCUGUUCAUUUAUCCUCAUCAAAUAUCAUGACAUUACUACUACCACAUCACUACUAUCUGGAGACCCAAAGCAUAGAGUGGGAGGAGCCACCUGCUGUGGCCCAGGAAGGUGCACUGUAUUCGGGCACACGCUCCGAGCAGCCGGCGUGAUGACACGGAGGUCUCUAGCAAACCUUUUGCACUUUCAAACACUGCAACGCUGGCGUUUCAGGCGGCUGAUAAGGUUUUUUGUGUUCUUACUGUGUCCCGAAUGUGUCCCAAUGCAGAGCAUUUGGUACAACGGCCUUCCUCUGAAAGUGACUGCUUACAAGUGAGCUCAGUGGAUGUUACGACAGGCUAUUAACAUCACAGGCCGGAGGAAAAGGGAGCGCUUGAUUUGCUCACCCGCACUGUACGAGUAAUCUCGCCUUAUUUUUAAACUAUCGGUGUUCGGAUUUAUUGGAAUGAUGUCUUAAACUUUGAACCCUGCGGCUUACACGGCGGUGCGGCUAAUUUAUGCCUAAUCUCGUGACAUCUCCUAUACUUCAGAACUACUACUAAUCGUUUAAAUACUACGUUGCUCAUGAGUCACUGAGGAAACGAUUAUAAGGGAAAGCUAUAAGAGAACUCAUGACGAGCUUGCCAACCCAUCGGAAAUUGUAGGAGAUGAAGUCUGACUCACGGCGUCAUCUUAGAAGGGUAAAAUCAUCACACAGCAACUUAACACUCAAAAGGUAGCUAAGAAAUAUACAACACAAAUACCAAUACCACUUUAAAAUAAUCAACUAUUUUAACUUUUUCCCAUAAUGCAUUAUUCCCAGAGGAGCAGUUCAUUGGCCAAUGGCUGCCAUGGCAGAGGGAGCGUAUGAGAAAGUAUCAUGUCUACCAUACAUUAUUUUGGUAUGCAACAAGACUUCUGUCCAGGCACAAUCUGACCUUUUUUCCCAAUUAAAUGAUAAAAAAAAUAAUAAUACAAGACUUUAUUUUGCUACAAUAAGCAUAAUCUAGGGGCUUUUGCCUUUCAUAUAAGCUAUUUCGGAUUCGAAAAGAGCAGCUAAAAGUGAAAUGAUUAUUGUUCCCACGGCCUGGAUAAGUCACGAGACGUUUGCCAGGCACUCUUAUGUCCAAAUGACAUCACGGCAAGCUGAUUGGACGCUCGGUAAGUGCUUUGAUCCUCUGUUGAUGCCAUGACAACAUUGCUGUUAUGUGCAGCGGCCUAAUGUCAUCAAGAGUUGAUGCUAACAUGCUAAUGCUAACAGGAAAUGAAAAGUUUGCCUGCAGGAGGAAAAAGAGCAGCGACUGACCUUUUUUGACCCCCCCACAUCCCCCCAGGACCGCCACUUCCCUCCCACCCUCUAUCUUACUCUUGUUUGAAUGGGGUGAAAGCGUCUCUCCUUUCUCAGCCUCCCCUCUGAACAUUCCAUGGCUUUUGUGAGCGCACCCCUUCGCCCUCCCUUCUUUUAAAGUCCACUUAUGUAACCAAAAAAAAGAGCAAAGCAGACUUUUAAGCGGAACUUGAUGUCCAAAGGCAGAGAAAAGUGUCAGGAGGAGAAAAAAGGAGUUAAGAUGAAUGAUGAAUGUCUUUGCAAAGGACCACACUACCACCCGCCCCCCUCCCACUUUGCUCUCUCAGGGCGUAACCACGGCGACGGCCCUCAGACGGGCCAGCGUGGCCACAGUUGCCGGGGUGUCGGUUGCCACGGUAACAGCAGUGGAGCUCUUUCAGUCUUGUCUCGCCGGUUAAGAAGUUUGAAAAGACGGAAAACAAUGCUUACAUUAACAUUUUAAUGUGUGUGUGUUUUUUUAAAUAUGAAAACGAGUUCAGGCUUGGGCGCAAAAGUUUAAAAAGGGAAAUUGUUUUAGGUGCAAAGUGAUACCGCCACCGACUGCCCUGGCAUACUGCAUUGUUAGCGUCGGUUUCACAGCUGCUACCUGUGAAACUUGUACAAAAACUUCAAAAGUUUGCUUUUCAGCUCUUAUGACUGACCUGAGGCAACCUCCCCAAAUCCCCCCCUCUUUUUUGUGUUGGUGCUCCAGUGAGCCCAAAGUGAUUAGUGUCGUUCAAGAGUCGCCAUCUUGCAAUUUAGCUCUUGCCAUGCGCUAAUGCUAAUCCCCGUCUACUAGACGUUCAGGUGGGAUGGUCAUGUGACCACUGGCAUCACAGUGUGUGGAAGAGUAGGUGACGUCAGAAAUGUUCUUCUACCCCAGUGGUGUCCAAAGUGUGGCCCGGGGGCCUUUUGCAGACCUUGGCACAUUUAAAAAAAUAUAAUUUAACAAGAAAACUAAAAACGACAACAGCAAAACAAACAAAAUCAGCAGUAAUUUUAGAAGAAUAAAGUCCAAAGUUGUAAUGUAACAAAAAGUCCAUUUUAUGAGAAUAAUGCUGUAAUAUCUGAAGGUGAGACACGAUGGCGAGCGCCUGGUGGCCGGACCUGCGCCCAUGGGGUCUGGCCGGGCACAGCCCGAACAGGUAACAUGGGUCCUCCCUCCCAUGAGCUCACCACUCGUGGAAGGGGCAAAAGGGGUCGGGUGCAGAGUGAGCUGGGUGGCGGCCGAAGGCGGGAGCCUUGGAAGCUAGCUCUUGGAACGUGGAAGGAGCC